UGGGGUUUUUUUCCAGUUUGCAGCAGUUCAGUUCUCCACAACAGUCCACAAAGUGUUUGACUUCAACGACUAUGCAGCUGGACGUGCUCUCGAUAAACUUGCAACAGAAAAACAUUUAAAAGGUCUCACCAGGACACACAGAGCCCUCGAGUUUGUGUUAGAAGAAAUCUUUGAAAACCCAGCUGCAGGCGCCUCUCCUGAUGUUACCAAAGUUCUGAUUCUAAUCACAGAUGGAGAGCCCUCUGAUACAGACAGAAAAAGGAUAAUUAGAAGAUACGAUGAUAAAAAUAUCAUUCGUCUUGUCAUUGGGGUCAAAGAUGCUAAGCUGGAUAAAUUCAGGGCCUUUGCUUCAGAGCCAAAACAUAGAAAUGCCUUCAAAAUUCAGAACUACGAUGGACUCACAGGAGUGCUGGAGAAUUUACCGAAAAAGAUAUUUACUGUAGAAGGCUGCACAGCUCCUCGGGCAGAAUUCAGUGGAUUCAGUGCUGUUUUCAAAAAGGUGAUUUCAAAAGGUUAAAACUGCACACAUUCAAAGUGUAAAUUAUUUACUUGUGACGAGAUUGAAAUUUCUCAGUCACGGCUAACAUGACAUACACAGGUGCAGCUAAAGCGCAGAUAAUAAAGCACCGACUACUGCUAAACUUUACUUUUACUUUCUAAAAUUUUAAAUUCUUAUUGUUUGGAAAAUAAAAUCCACACUGACCGACUGUUUGACACAAAAAGAAACACUGAAAAUGUGCUAGAAUUGUAAAAUGUACUCUUCAGUCUUUCUGUUUGUAAAACAAGUUGUUUUAAAAAUCAAGAACUUUAAUUUGAACCUGUACCCGACAAUCCACUAAUAUUGGAUUUUGAAUAUCUCACCAGCUACAGUACAGCAUAUCACCAAUAGAUUCGGUGAAUCAAGAGAAAUCUGUACACAAGGGACGAGGCCAAAAAUUAAUAUUGGAUGUCUGUUAUUUUUGGGGCCCCAGGCAGCAAUGCAUUAA